AUGUUUUUACAAAAUAAAAAGAUAUUUGUUUUAAUAAUUUUAUCAAUAAUAAUAAUAAAGUUAGUAGAUGUAACAUAUUCAAAAAAUAAUAAUAUAGAUUUACCUUCAAAAAAAAAUAUUUACGAUAGUGAGGAAAAUAACGGCCAAAAUUUAAAUAGUGGUGGAACAGAGGAAUUCAAUCAAAAAAAUAUAGAGAGUUCCCAUAUUGGAGCAAUCUAUGAUGUAAAUAAUAAACCUAUUUUAAAAUAUAAUAAAGAUAAUAAAUUUAAAAUUGUUCAAUUUACCGAUUUACACUAUGGUGAGGAAGAGGUAUUUGACGAGUUAAAUGUAAAAGUAGAGGAGGCAAUUUUAGAUUUUGAAAAUCCGGAUUUCGUAAUGUUGUCAGGUGACAUUGUUAGUGGGUAUAAAUAUCAUAAAAAAAAAAACUACACCGAUGUAUGGGAUUUGGUUACAGGACCAAUGAUCAAAAGAGGUAUACCUUGGGCUAUAACAUUCGGAAACCAUGAUUGCGAAGGAUUUUUAACUUGUAAAAAAAUAGCUGAAAUUGAUAUGUCAUAUAAUUUAUCUUUAACACAAAUAAACCCUACUAUUGGACUACCUGGAGUAACCAAUUAUCAUUUAAAUAUAUUUCCUUAUAAUUACAAUGGUAAAGAUUCUAGCGAUUCAAGUAAAGCACAAUCAAUUAUUUAUAUUUUUGAUAGUGACACACCAGGUUGUAGAAAUAAUGAAGUGUGGGGAUGCAUUCAAAAACCUCAAGUAGAGUGGUACAAGAAUCUAUCAAAUACUAAUAACAAAAAGGAUGCUAUAGCUUUUGUCCACAUCCCACCCUAUGAAGUUGUAGAUUUAUGGAACCAUGGAACAGUGUAUGGUAGUUUUCAAGAUUCUGAAAUUUGUUGCUAUUAUACUGAUGAGUCCAAAUUUAUUGAUACUUUCAUAGAACAAGGUGAUGUAAAAGGUUUAUAUUUUGGCCACGAUCAUGGAAAUGAUUACCACGGGGAUUAUCAUGGAAUUGACUUGGGAUAUGGAAGGAAAUCUGGUUAUGGAUCAUACAAUACAAAGUUUAUGCAAGGGUCAAGAGUUUUAGAGCUAACAGCAGAACCAUAUAAAAUAGAUAGUUGGAUCAGGGACUUUGCAGGAAUAAAAGAUACACAAAAAAUUCAUAAACCAAAUUUUUUUGAUCAAUAUGAAAUUAUUUGUUGUAUACCAGGUGAUAUUCGUAGCAAACCUUAUUUUCCACAUCUUAUCAGUUUAAUAGCUUUUAUAGUUGGAGGAUGUCAUGUUGGUUUUAUUAUUUGUUAUGUUUUGUAG